GUUCUGCACUGCAUUAUACACCAACAGGCACUGUGCAGCAAAUGCUUGAAAUAUGAACAUGUCAUGUCUGUUGUCCUGAAAUGUAUAAAUUACAUCAGGUCUAGGAGUUUACAGCAUCGCCAGUUUCGGGCCUUAUUAGAAGAAAUUGAGUCAACAUAUGGUGAUGUACUUUAUUUUACUGAGGUCCGCUGGCUCAGCAGGGGGAAUGUUCUGAGGAGAUUCUUUGAGUUAAGAUCAGAGGUGAAGAGAUUCAUGUAAGAUGGUAGAAUGGAUGUUCCUGAAUUUGAUGAUCCUAAAUGGGUCAUGGACCUUGCAUUCUUAGUUGACAUAACACAGGAGCUGAAUGUCCUUAAUCUGAAGCUCCAGGGCCCAGGUCAGCUCAUCACGGCAGCGUAUGACAGUGUGAAAGCCUUCUCCACAAAACUAAGAUUGUGGAAAACUCAGCUUUCUGCAAAAAACCUUAGUCAUUUCCCAACAUGCAGAUCUCUUGCGGAGGAGGGCACAGCAUUCAGUGGUGAUGAAUAUGCCUCUGCUAUUGAAAACCUACUGCAGGAAUUUGAUCAACGUUUUGCUGACUUCAAGGCACAUCGUGACACUUUCCAGCUGUUUGCAGACCCCUUCUCAGCUGAUGUGGAGAGUGUCCCAAAUCUUUUGCAAAUGGAACUUAUUGACUUGCAGUGCAACAGUGAGCUAAAAACUAAAUUCAGAGAGGCACAAGGACAAGCAGACAAGACUGGACAGUUUUUAAGAGAAUUACCUCCAUGCUUCCCAGAGCUGUCCAAAGUGUUCAGUCGGGUAAUGUGCCUUUUUGGAAGCACAUAUCUGUGUGAGAAACUUUUCUCAACUAUGAACUUCAAUAAAUGCAAGUACAGGUCCAGGCUUAGUGAUGCCCAUCUUGAAGCUGUACUCAGAGUUUCAACUGUGACCUCCAUCAGGGCAAACGUGGCUCAGUUGUGUGAGCAGAAGCGCUGCCAGGUGUCUGGCAAGAAAUAGAAUGGUGUACAAAUGUAUUCAGGGUUUGCAUUUGUUCAGUGCAAUAUUGUUAGUUGAUCGCUAGGUUUUUUUGAGUUAAGUCAAAAUAAAGAAAGGGAAAAAUAUUUGCACUACCUGUUAAAAACUAAUAUAUAUACUGUUAUAACAAUAAUAGAGACAAUGCUGUUUAAAUUUUUUGUUAAGUUUGACAAAAAUAUUUUAGCAAUGUUAUUUGAAGUAAAUUAAAAAAUAAUGUUUUAAAAAUUUCCACUUUCUUGUUGUGCUUGAAUGUUAAAAUGGCCCUCCUAUGAGGUGUCAAUCACAUCAAUGGCCCCCAGCCAAUUUGAG